AUGAGAGUGAAGAUUUUGGCUACUUUCAACGUCACUAACCUGAGGAAGCGGAAAUCGCUUUAUAACAUGGGCAUGCGGCCUUUUACGUUGCAUUCUGGCAAUCUCGCUGAAGGAUGGGUCAGCGAUCGAUGCACGGACGUCUCUUACACUCAAAGCGCUCAAUCUCCUGAGCAAGCCCCCGCCGAUGGCGACAGCGCGAUCAACUAUAUCUUGAGCUUCCGCUACUGCUUCUCUAGUCACGGUUUGAAUGAGACUGUGGUCUUCGCCAUGGCGCCUCCACUGACCUACACGACUCUAGUGUCACACCUGCGCAUGCUCAGAGAUAACCAUACAGAGAACGAUCUGUGGCAGGUAGCGACGGGAAAUAACAGACCUGUCCAUGGUAGUUCAUUAGGAGCCUCUGGGGACCUCUCUUGGGGGCAUGCCUGUGCCUCUCCUUCUGGUCUCGGACUUCACACUGGAUCCAUCGAGCUUGCCCAACCAUUUGAAAUAUAUGGCGCAUCGACGUCCACUCAAGCUCCGUUCCGAGUCGGAUUGGUCGCAGUAUUUGUGAUAAUAGCGAGACAGCAUCCAGGGGAAACCGUGGGGAGUUGGAUCUGUCUGGGUCUGCUUCAUUGGCUUCUCAGCGACACUGCCAGGCAGCUGCGAGCCAAGUACUGUUUUCACAUCGUACCUAUGGUCAAUGUGGACGGCGUGGUUCAUGGUAAUUCAAGGACAACGCUUGCCGGUGUUGAUCCCAACCGAACUUGGACCGAUCCGAAUCCUGUUAUCCAUCCUGAGGUGAUCCUCAGUGGCUCAGAGUUGCCAUCGAGUGUGUCAGCUUUCGAGGUGUUCAAGUUAAAGGAGUAUCUUCAAGCCGUCGGACAGGAAGUGCUCGUCGAAACCCAACAUGAGCAAGGCGACUUGUAA